UUGUCUAGCAUUUCUUCUGUGCGUUUGGUAGUCAGCCUGAUUCUUUGGAUGUAAAUAAAAUACAGUGGCACGCCCUCUUUCGCCUUGCACGGCUUCUCAGAAAAGUGAUCGAGGAGGCGAAUGAAAUUUUAAAUUUUAUCCCUUCGCGUUGUUAAUUCCUUGACGAGAUUUAAAUUUUCACUCUGUUUAUAUGUUCAUUUAAUUAAUCUAAGAAUUUUAAAAUAAUCUGUUUUGCCAUGGCCUCUCAAAAUGCUCAAACGCCAAGGAUCAUACCUCCUCACGUUGUCCUUUUCAACGACAAUAUUUAUACAAAAUCAUUUACUCCUAAGGAAUACCAAGUGGAGCUUCUUGAUGUAGCAGAGGUGAAGGACAUAAUUAUUUGCUUGUUGAAUCGGGCGGCCCAAAAUUUUGUGACACUACAAGUUGUCAACAGUUUUGCGAGUUAUCAUGACUCCAAGAAGCUAUGCGUGAUAAUUAUGGACGAUCCAAGCUGCGCAAACCAAUGUUUCCAGGAUGUAUCAGAUUUCACAUCCCUUCCUGUGUACACCUUAAAAGAAUCAACUGAAGUCGGCGAUGCAAGGGUUAUAGUUACAACAAGUCAAAGGUUCCUCGAGCUCUUGGAAAAAGAAAUUCUAGCUCCAGAUUCCAUUCAGCUUCUUGUCGUGGAUCAGUGCCAUUUGUCAAUUAAAGAAGAAACUGACAUAGCUAAAGUUAUGCAAAAAGUCAAUGCCUUUGCCACUAGGCCAAGGAUACUGGGCCUAACAACGUCUUUGUUAGAUGACAAAGUGAAGUGUAAAGAUCCGGCCCAGCUGGAGGCGCAAAUAGCUCUACUUGAGUCGAAAAUGCAGUGUCAAGUUGAAACAGCAAGUGACAUCUUAUCCAUUUUAAGAUUUUAUCCUCGACCACAUGAAUCUAUUGUUGAAUCCUCAACACCUAAAACGGCCUGUUCCCUUUCGUCUGAGAUCAAUCGGUUGAUUGAUGAAGCCAGAGUGUUUCUAUCGGACCAUGUAUACGAUUUGGCAUCUGUUUAUGGUGAUUUCAUAGAAGAGUUGGAGGAAAUUGGAGAUCCCAGGUCACUCCCUAUGUCAGUUCUAGACGAUCUUCAAUAUGUCGUUGAUACUAUGGGUGCUUGGUGUGCUGACCGUGCAGCUUUUGUUCUCCUAAUUAGAGUGGAGAAUCUCAAAGUGAAGACAAAAUACGAGCGUCACUACAUUCUUCUGUGCAUGAUCUCCACCUUACUUAUCAAAGUUCGAGCCCUCUGUGAUAGCGAAUUCCAGCAGUACAACGAAUGUGAAACCAUACAAAAGUUUUCCAGUCACAAAAUCCUGAGACUCAUUGAAAUUCUGUCACAUUACAAAGACAAACCAGCGGAAAAACAAGAGAAGGCUCCGGAUGAAGCAACAGAACCAUCGAGCCCUGCAGAAACAGAUUCUAGUCAGCCAAAAACUGAAGAUAAGGUAGCUAAAGAAAAAGGGCCCAGGCGAGGUCGACCCGGUUUCAGAGGAUCUCCCAAGAAGUUCAAACGGACACCCCAGAUCAUGCUUCCUCUUCCAGGAGAGGCUGAGCCUCUUUGCGGGCUGGUGUUUGUGUCCAGACGGUUCACUGCACAAGUUUUGUACAAUCUUUUGAAUGCAGCCAGAAAUGCCAUGCCGGCCUUGGCAUCGAUUGUGCCACAGUACACAGCUUCCCUGGCUGAGGAAGGCGAACAAGUCAAAGAUUUGGAGAAGGAGCACAGGAAGCAAGAAGAAGUGCUAAAGAGGUUCCGAUUAAGAGAGUGCAACCUGCUGGUCUGCACUCCUGUCGUUGAAGAAAGCGUGGAGCUGCCUAAGUGCAACUUGGUAAUUCGGUUUGAUCCUCCUUCAAGUUUCAAAUCAAUGGUCCAGUCAAGAGGCAGGGCCAAGGUCACCAAUGCUUAUUAUCUCACAAUUGUGGACACCAAUAAAACUAGGGAAUACGUUGAUCAGUGGGCCAAAGCUAUUAGUCUAGAAAAGCUCUUUCUUUCGAGAUGCCACAACAGUGAGCCAUCGGAGGAAGACGAAAACAAGGCAGACCAGUUGUGUUCUUUGGUGCCUCCUUUUAAUCCCAGUGGAGAUCCAUCUCGAGCUUCUGUUGCUACCUGCGGUGCUAUGGCCUUGGUGAAUAGGUAUUGUGCAAAAUUACCUUCAGACACCUUCACUCGGCUGACUCCUCUUUGGUGUUACGAAAACAUAGAUGGCAAAGUGAGAUGUCGGCUGAGACUACCGAUCAACUCGCCGUUCAAAAAGGAAGUUGUCGGUGCCUUGACAGUCUCAAAGUCUUUUGCAAGACGCUUGGCUGCUCUGGAACUUUGCAAGUGCCUCUUUCAAAUGGGGGAGCUUGACCAGGACCUUCAGCCUGUUGGAAAGGAGACUUUCUUAGCUCAGGAGCAGGAAAAGCUCGGACUCAACACUGAGGAGGAAAUUGCAGAAGAGGAGGAAGAAGAUGAUGGUGUUCUGGAAUAUAGGCCAGGAACAACAAAACGAAGGCAGUAUUAUUUCAAAAAGGUUGCCGAUGCGCUCAUGGAGUGCCGACCUGAGCCGUGCCAAGGCGCUUAUCUUUACUUCAUCAACUUAAAACUGAGUUGCCCACUGCCAGAAGAGCAAAACACUCGAGGGAGGAAAAUUUACCCACCGGAAGAAGCGCCAAAAGGUUUUGGAAUUCUCACUCUGAAACCCAUUCCUAAGAUUUGUCCUUUCCCCAUCUUUACCAGAUCAGGAGAAGUGAGUGUAUCACUUGACAUCUGUCCAGACAAAGUGGAGCUGACAUCGGAGCAAAGCGAGAAAGUUGUUGCAUUCUUGAAUUACACCUUCUCCAGUGUACUGAGACUUCAAAAGCACUUGAUGAUAUUUAGUCCAGAAUCGGCAGAGAACUCGUACUACAUUGUACCAGUGAAAAAGAAGCCUCGGCUUCAAGUGGACUGGGAAUUUUUGGAUCUGAUUUGGGAGCAGAAGGACCUUCUUCCAAGUGAAAUUAUCGAAGAAGAGAGAACAAAAUUUGUUUUCAAUGGUGGAAAGUACCAGGAUGCGGUUGUGAUGCCUUGGUACAGGAAUCAAGAUCAACCCCAAUAUUUUUACGUAGCUGAAAUUUGCUCGAAUCUUUCACCUACAUCCGAGUUCCCUGGGGAAGACUACAAUACCUUCCAAGAUUAUUAUUUGGCAAAAUAUGGGUUGAAAAUUCAGUGUGUUGACCAACCACUGUUGGAUGUUGACCACACAUCGGCACGGCUCAAUUUUCUCACUCCCAGGUAUGUGAAUCGCAAAGGAGUUGCCCUUCCCGUCAGCAGCGAGCACACAAAGCGUAAUAAGAGGGAAAACUUGGAGCAAAAGCAGAUCUUAGUUGCUGAACUCUGCACACUUCACCCCUUUCCAGCUUCAUUGUGGAGACAAGCAGUUUGCUUGCCAUGUAUUUUGUACAGGGUUAACGGCUUGUUAUUGGCUGAUGAGCUCCGAUGCAAAGUGGCAACAGACAUAAAUUUAGGUUUCAAAAAGCUGCCCAUUGAAUUUUACUGGCAACCUCUAGAUUUUGGAUGGAGCUUGGCUGACGUUUUGCAGAAGUCACGAGAGGCUCAGAAGAAUGAGCUUAAUGUUGAAGAAGUUGAAGUCAAGGUUGAGACACCUGUGCAGUUGGAAAAAAUAAAGCCCAAAGAGGAAAAGGUGGAAGAAGAGACUGAGGUCAAAGGAAAAGGAAAGUCGUGGCUAGAAAUUGGAACUUGGUCCAAUGAAAUGGUGCCUCCUGAUCACGACGACGAUGAUUGCGACAGUAUUACGGACGACAUGAUUUCCGAUGACCUGCCAUCUAACCUGACUAUGCUUUCUGGAGGUGAAACUAUAAUAGAUGGACCGGUGGGAGAAGACUGGGGCACUGGCAUCCAAAGUCACAGUAAGGUUAGAUAUGGGUCACCGACAAUUAUGCCGAGCCAAAGUAGCAUCAUUGACGGAGGGUUCGGAAGCUUCAACUCUUAUUCGGACUACAAUUCCGAGGAAGAAUUCUCUGAUUUGUCCGAUGAGGUUGAUUAUGCUAUGGAGCAAGAGACGACCCAGUCUGUCCACCCUGAUGGAUUAAGAAUUGAGUUCAAAGGAGAUCACGUUGCUGAAGCUUUUGAUGAUGGACCAACUUUUGUGAUGCCAAGUGAGGUUAUCGCAGAGCCUGAAGACAGUUUCUUAUGGGAUUGGCCAGACUUGGGUGACAACUGGGAAGAUAUCAAAUUGAGAUAUGAAGAAAUGGUGGUCAUGCAUCAAGAGCGAAUCAUGGACAGCAAAAAAUAUCUGCAUCACAAGGAAGAAAUCAAGAUUGAACGGAAAGUGAUGGACUACGGGCCUGAGAAGAUUCAUCGGCACCAUGAAACUGAUAUUUCUCCUGAAUCUUUGAAGGAUGAAAUGGUUGAAAACAGUGGCGCAAUUGAUAAUGAAGAGACUUCCGAGAAGGUUGGUGCUACACCAAGAGAAAAUAUUGGAGAAAUUCACGACGAAACAACUGCCAAAAAAUUGAAUUUCAGAUUUGAUUCUCAGCCUGAUUUGGAAAACCACCCAGGGCCUAGUCCAAGCAUAAUACUCCAAGCGCUUACCAUGUCCAAUGCCAAUGAUGGAAUCAACUUGGAAAGAUUAGAGACUAUUGGAGAUUCGUUUUUGAAAUACGCCAUAACAACCUAUCUGUAUUGCUCCCACGAGAAUAUCCAUGAGGGGAAAUUGAGUCACCUGCGCUCCAAGCAGGUGAGCAAUCUCCAACUGUACCGCUUAGGACGAGAAAAGCAGCUGGGCAGAUCCAUGAUUGCAACUAAAUUUGAGCCCCACGACAACUGGCUGCCUCCUUGCUACUAUGUUCCCUGGAAACUUGAGAAAGCGCUAAUUAAAGCUGGAGUUCCACCAGGGUUGUGGAACCGACAGGAGCUUGCGUCUCUUCGACACUUAGAUAAUGAAACUAUAGAUAAAAUUGUUUGGGAGAGAAAGAAUGAGCUCGAUUCGGCUCCUCUCGAUGACCCUGCCAGCUCUGAGCACCUCCUUCCCUUUGUGCCAUACAAUUUGCUAACACAGCACUCGAUUCCUGACAAGAGCCUAGCUGAUUGUGUUGAAGCGCUUAUCGGCGCCUAUUUGAUUGCAUGUGGCCCUCGAGGUGCUUUACUUUUCAUGUCCUGGCUUGGAAUUCGUGUUCUGCCUAAGGCUGUAGCUUCUGAUAAUAGCCAGCAAUACGGCAAGUUAAAGCCACCUCAGUCCCCUUUAUUGCGGAAUGUUCCAAAUCCUAAAGGAGAACUGGAAAAGAUGCUGUAUGGAUUUGAAAAGUUUGAAGAAAGGCUGAAGUACAGAUUUCGAGACAGGGCGUAUUUGCUUCAAGCAAUGAGCCAUGCCUCUUACAGUCCAAAUAGACUGACAGACUGCUACCAAAGACUGGAAUUUUUGGGUGAUGCUGUUUUAGAUUAUUUAAUUACUCGGUACUUGUAUGAGGAUGAGAGGCAACACUCGCCUGGUGCUCUAACAGAUCUAAGGUCUGCCCUCGUGAAUAAUGCGAUUUUUGCCGUGCUAGCUGUGCGACAUGGAUUCCACCAAUUUUUCCUUCAUUUAUCGCCUGGCCUGGCUCAGGUCAUUCAGAGAUUUGUUAGGCUCCAACAGGCUAAUAGUCACUGCCUCUCACCACAAUAUUAUGUUUUGGGUGAAGGCGACGUUUCCGAGGCUGAGGACAUUGAGGUUCCAAAAGCCUUGGGAGAUGUUUUUGAGUCCGUCGCAGGCGCAAUAUUUUUGGACAGCGGAAUGUCCCUGGACGCCGUCUGGCAUACCUAUUAUGCUAUGAUGGCGCCAGAGCUUGAUCUCUUUAGUGCACAUGUUCCCAAAUCGCCAAUUAGAGAGUUGCUAGAAAGAGAGCCGGAAACUGCUAAAUUUGGAAAACCAGAGAAGCUCGCAGAUGGGCGUAGAGUAAGGGUCUCUGUAGAAGUCUUUGGCCAAGGUGUGUUUCGGGGUAUCGGGCGCAAUUAUCGUAUUGCAAAGAGUACUGCAGCCAAGUGUGCCCUUCGUCACCUAACGCAGCACCAGCACCGAGGUGGUACCGGCGAGGCUAAUCGUGCCCAUUAGGCAAACAUUGAACCAACCUAAUGGUACAUAUUUAAGUUUUACAACACCAAUAAAAUAGAAAUCAUAA